GCCAAGCCCCACGCGUUCAACCAUCAUUUGCCGAGGGUUUUUGACGAGCGCCUGCCCCCUGCAGCAAUCAAGGUUCUUCGUGGACGGAAGGAGGCCCUUUUACAAGCCGCUGUAUGGCUUUUGAGAAGAGCCGUGGACAACCUGGACGACCUUGUGGAGUACGUGGAGAUGCAGCACCUGUUGACAACAUCAUCGGAGAAGCUCAGCUUUUCAGACUGCCAGAUAGUGGGGAUGAGGGCAUUUUGUGGCUAUUUGAGUGUACCAUGUCCAGACAACUUCACGUUGGAACCGGUGAACUCUGUAGCCGUCCUCCUCCACUGGAAGGUUUUGUUGCUGAUAGCUGCCCGGAUCCCUGCUACCGAGCGAGAGUAUUGGAGGACGUUAUUUCCUGCCCCUGAGGAAGUGGGAACCCGAACCCCUCGGGCGUUUGAUGCUCACUUCCAUCUUGACCGCACCCUGAAGGCCAUGGGAUUACGACUGGACUCUACGUUCCAGUCCGUGUUGGAUGGUACCAGGAUGGACAAGGGAAAGGAGGUAAUCGUCGCCGGGACUUGUGCCUCUUUCUGCGACCCGGAGACUUAUCCAACCACGGAUAGUCUGAAGACCCUACCAGCGGAUAUGGAGGUCGCAGUAGGGGUACACCCCAAGAAAAGAUACUCGAGCUCGGAGUUGGAUCGUGUCAUCAGGAAGCUGAAGGACCUCGUACGACAACGCAGAGUGACAGCAGUUGGCGAAGUUGGUGUUGACCACUCCGUACCACCGGAGCAGUGGCCGCAGCAGUUAGUCAUGUUGGAGAAGAUUCUACCAUUGGUGGAGCCUCGACAUGUCUUGGUUCUCCAUUGUAGAGGGAUGUCCGGAGAUAGUGGAGCAGAAGCAUACCUCCUUCUUCUACACUACGUAAAGAAGGCAGUGCCUGAAGACCAGCGGAUAUAUCUCCAUUGUUUCAAUGGGGAUUCCUAUGUCCGUGAGCAGUGGUCUAGUGCUUUUAGGAAUCUGUACUUCGGAUUUACCAGCAUGGCUGCAGGAUUCACCCCACCUCAGGUUCGCGCCUUGAAGUGGAUCAACCCUGAGAGAGUGUUGUUGGAGACCGACGCCCCCUACUUCAACCGGUCAGGCCGCAAGUGGUCUGCACCCAACCAAUUGUAUUGGACGGCGGAGGCUGUAGCAAAACACCUCAGUUACACGGCGGAAUCCCUGCUGAAUGCGACCGUAACCAACGCUCAACGACUGUUUCGUCACUAGGAACUCGGAAAGGACAGUUAGGGACGGGGUUGUACCUCAGUAUUUUACUAGGUAGUGAGUCUAUUUUAUAGGCGACCCGUACCCUCAUCAUCGAGGAUUGUAUUCUAGACAUGGAGGUCGGGAUUGCAUCCAUGUAUUUUACAGGAUUGUGUGUCCUUUUAGGACGACCCGCGCCUCAUAACCGGAUUUGACUGCAAGGGAUUUUAUCCCUACUAUUUCCCCCUUUUUGGAGGAAGCAACCCAGUAGUAACUUAAGUGACUUCAUCGCAACGCUUUUAGUGUGCAGAGUCAAAAUUUAGGAACUUGAUCAAGACACGGAAGAUCUUUGUAUAUACCAUUACCAACCCUCCGGCCAUAAAGGACUUUCAUUAUAAAGUUGGGAGGAAUGUAGUGUCUCGGGCCGAGUUGACCUGAUUACUUACGCCGGAAGUGCGUCACGGUUCACUGGCCCGUGCCAGAUAAAGAUCUACCCCGUGUACAGUCUCUUCACACCUGACCGGCAAUCAGACAACACGUGUGUUAGACCAUCUCUCGUUUUUAACGGAGUCAGUAUAUCUCUACGUAAGUAGUGUCAGUUAUCUUAGUGCUCCGGGCUUUUAGCUAGGACACUAAGCCAGUAUAUUCUAUUGGAUAAGUAUUUGACUGCUGUAUCAUCACCGUAUCCUGACCUGUCCAGCGACCCGUGGUGAUAUAGAUCGACCUCCAUUGUAAACCAGAUAGCGUGACCAACAGCGAGGUAACUAGCUUGUGGUGUAACAGCAACGUUACUUUAGUGUGAACAGUUUACUUUCAAAUUCAAAAGAUGUUGUUUGCGUGUUACCGACAGGAUAUGGGAAAUCUUUGAUAUUUGAAAUUGUACAAAAAAUUACUAACUCUACUGUCAUUUUGAUAAAUCCACUGAACUAUAUUACUGCCGAGCAGGUAGACAGGUAUAUGCCAAAUCUGUAUGUGUUUGUCCUGAACUCCAUAAAAAGUUUCUUUAUUCUUCAAAAACAUUCAUUUUUGAUUGGACACCCGGAGCAUUUCCUGCAGGAUGAUAUAUUCAGUGUGUUACGUUCGGACGAGCUCCAGCAUAAUGUUAAAUUCAUAAUUAUUGAUGAAGCACACUGCAUUCA